UAUAUAACCUACGUUAUGUGUUCGAAUUUGCGUAUGAACGCUUGUAUUGACGUAUUUGAGUACCAGUACCUGUGUGGGGACGAAGGCAUUUCUGGCUCAAAAUACAAUGCAAGUGGCAUGGAGGGCACCAGUGGUAGAAGUGACUUUGAUGCAACAGGCAAGGCUCAAGCAGGUGCACAGCAAGGCGAGCAGGAAUUGGCGACAAAAAUGCUACAAAUACAAUCGAAACGCUUCUAUUUGGAUGUAAAACAAAAUCGUCGUGGACGUUUCAUCAAAGUCGCUGAGAUAGGUGCCGAUGGCAGACGUAGUCAGGUUUAUUUGGCCUUGUCAACUGCCGCUGAAUUUCGUGAUCACCUUUCAACAUUUAGUGACUAUUACGCAUCUUUGGUCAAAUUCACAGGGCCACCAAAUCCAGAUAAUCUCCCCGAAGAUGGAAAACUGAAAUCAGAGAUGAUGAUUAAAGAUAAUAGACGAUACUAUUUAGAUUUGAAAGAGAAUGCGCGCGGACGUUUCUUAAGACUAUACGUGUGUGCGUUUUCUUUUGGGAUUCAGGUAUCGCAGACCAUAACAAGAGGAGGUCCUAGGUCACAAAUAGCUAUACCAGCUCAAGGAAUGAUAGAAUUUCGAGAUGCACUAACAGAUUUGCUUGAAGAAUUUGGUACCAACGAUGGCGGCGCCACAGUGCUUGGUAAACCAUUGCUUCCUUCACAGCUUCUUGCCAUCGAUCUCGAGUUACAGCCACUUCUCUCCAGCAUUGCACGCGCAUUUUCUAAAGAUCAGCUUCCACAUCUUCUAGCCACCAUUUCCUCGGGUGUCCCCUUAUUCUUUCUCCAAUUAGGCGAAGAUCUAGUGCCUUUUUCGUUGAUCGCUCCCUUGGAAUUCUAGCCACAUGUCCCAGCCGUCUAAGUCGUUGAGACUUAAUAAAUCUUAUUAUAGUUUCUUUCUUAACUAUGUCUUCUAGUUCGACAUUCUGCCUAAUGCUAUAAGUGCCAUCUGCCAGUCUAAGCGGACCAUAAAUCUUACGGAGCACUCUUCUUGCAAAGCACAUUAGCUGUUUUGUUUCAUUAACUUUCAGCGUUCAUUGUUCACAGCCAUAUUUAGGCAAAGGUCGUAUCAUUCUUAAUUUUUGCUCACGUGAUAAUAUUAUAUUUUAGAUAAUAUGCCCCACACUCCAGAUCAUUUGGUACAAUGUUUGAUCUUGAUCGGACCAUAUAUUUAGUUUUUUCUGCAUUGAAUAUCAGUCCAGCUAGAUGUAUUCUUUCAUCCAGCUUUUUGAACGCAGCCUGCAGCUCAUUUCUAGUUGUUGCCAUUAUUAGUAUAAUAUAUCAUCUGCAUAGGCACACAUUUGGAAUGGCUUGUUAUAUAUAUACAUAUAUGCUUCCAUUCGGGUUUAUUUCGAUUAGUAUUGCAUUGGCGGCCGCCGUAGCCGAAUGGGUUGGUGCGUGACUACCAUUCGGAAUUCACAGAGAGAACGACGGUUCGAAUUUCGGUGAAAACACCAAAAUUAAGAAACACAUUUUUCUAAUAGCGGUCGCCCCUCGGCAGGCAAUGGCAAACCUCCGAGUGUAUUUCUGCCAUGAAAAACCUCCUCAUAAAAAUAUCUGCCGUUCGUAGUCGGCUUGAAACUGUAGGUCCCUCCAUUUGUGGAACAACAUCAAGACGCACACCACAAACAGGAGGAGGAGCUCGACCAAACACCCAAAAAGGGUGUACGCGCCAAUUAUCUAAUAUAUUUAUAUAUAUAUAUUGCACCAGGAUAAAUAUCAGCGUUGAGAGGGCAUCUCCUUGUUUAACUCCUGAGGCAAUAGAGAACGGUUCCGUACAUUCUCCUUGCAAUAUAACUUUCGCUGUCGUAUUGUAAGGGUCAUAAUAACAAGUUCAAUAAGCUUUGUUGGUAUGCCUAUAGACUGAAACAAGUAUUUUAUUUUACCUCGGUCUAUGCUAUCAAAUGCCUGCUGAAAAUCGAUAGUUAGACAGUGUAUAUCAAUGUCGUAUAGUAUUCAUAUAGUUUUUUUUCAAGGUUUGCAUGACUAUGAAGCCCUGGUCGAUCGUCGACCAGUUGGCGUUAAAGCCUGCUUGGUAAUCAUCUAGUGUUUAUUCAGCAUAUUGGCUCAGCCUUAAAUAUAAUAUAUUUGUGAAGACCUUGCACCCUUCAACAUCUUCACAAAAUGCAAACGUGUUCUC